GAUGUCUUUUGGUUUUUGUGCUACCUGGGUAUAGAGCAAUCAUAACUUCCUUGCAUCUGUUUAUGCGCUUAUGCAAAUCCGUUUGAAUAGGCCUUACAUGAGAUUUAUGAUCGAUAUUAUCACUAGCAUUGUCACUAGCAUUUUUGAUGUGAUAAAUUCCUAUAAAUCAAUUGCAUAGCAUGCACCAAUUGAAUUUGUUUCUCGCGGUAUCGACCCUAGUGGGGAUCAAGAGCCACUUAUCUAUGAAGAAGAAGAACAAUUGAAUGGUAUACAGUCGCAAGAUGGCAGACGGCAAGAUGUGUGACGAAGACGUUAUGAUGGAUACGGACGAUGACAUCGUACUAAGAGCUGACAUGUCGGUGGUACCGACACCACCGCCGCUGCCACCGCUGCCGGGGACCUUGUACCCCCAGCCGGGGUCAUCACUGCCACCACCGCCGCCAGCUCCGCUGCCGCCGUCGUCGACGCCACUGCCAUUGCCACUGCCACUGCCACUGCCGGCACCGCUGCCGCCUUCGUCAACGCCACUGCCAUUGCCACUGCCACUGUCGGCACCGCUGCCGCCUUCGUCGACACCACUGCCGGCACCCCUGCUGCCAUUUUCAACGCCACCGCCACCGCCGCCGCCACCGCUGCCGCCACCGCUGCCAGGGUCACUGUUGCCACCACCACCGCCGUCGGUAGCCGGGAGCCAGGGCUCAUCUCUGCCGGGUGCUGCGUCGAACUUAGUGACGCGACCGCUACGAUGGGAACGUGCGGGUCGCGGGAAAGGACGAGAACGAGGACGCGGACGAGGGCGAGGACGAGGAAGAGGACGAGGAGGAAACCAGAUAAUACACAUCCCAAUACGAUUUCACUGAAAACUAUAUGUAACCAACGUUAUGUAUCAUAAAAAAAAUAUAUAACAAGUACAGAUAAAAA